AACCCACAGGAAGUAGCUUACUGGACCAGCAACACAGGAACAACAGAGUAAACAGACACACUUAUUCUGUUUUUGGGACGAUAUCUCCAUAAUUAUGAAAUGAGACCGUACAGUCAGUCCCUCGCUCAGACGGCGUGGCGCGUCUGUGAUGGUUUGAGCCGCUGUUAUAGGCAUGAAUGAAGGCAGGCAUCCAUGUCCAACCAUGGAGAGGAGAAAAUAAUCCCAAAAAGAAGGAAAAGAAGACGCUGCAUCGCUGAGGAAUCUUCAGCCUUAAUCUCCGACUGAGGGUCGGCACAUCCGGACGGAGAACCGGAGAGCGACAGAGGGGCGAGGGGCUGGUGCUCAGAAUGGCUUUCCUCGACAACCCUGCCAUCAUCCUGGCCCACAUCCGGCAGUCGCACGUGACCAGCGAUGACACCGGGAUGUGCGAGAUGGUCCUGAUCGACCACGACGUGGAUCUGGAGAAGUGCCAUUCGUCUGCGGCGUCUGCUGGUGGAGGCUCGUCCGGGGGUUCGUUUGGAGACGGCAGCGGUGGAGGAGACAGCCAGACCUGCGAUCUCUCUCAGUCUGUCGACAUCACCUCCAGCUGGGACUUUGGCAUCCGACGGCGCUCCAACACAGCUAAAGACGAAAUGCCCAAAACCUUCUCACACUUGGAUUUAAGAUUGUUUAAUGAGAUUAGAAAAGCAAAUAUUGCCCAGGGCCAUGUUGGUACAACGGCAACCAAAAAAAUUGACGUCUACCUCUCAAUGCAGUCGACCCAAGAAAAGCUUCACCCCAUGACGGUGGUCACGAUGGCUAAUGCUCGGGUCCACGAUCUUAUCGGGCUCAUCUGCUGGCAGUACACCUGUGAGGGCCGCGAACCCAAGCUCACUGAAAACGUCAACACUUACUUCCUCCACAUCGCUGAAGAUGACGGGGAGGUGGACACAGAUUUCCCUCCGCUGGACUCCAACGAGCCCAUACACAAGUUUGGCUUCAGCACGCUGGCUCUGGUCGAGAAGUAUUCAUCUCCUGGACUGGGGCCCAAACAGUCACUCUUUGUUCGAAUAAACGCCGCUCAUGGUUUCUCCCUGAUCCCAGUGGACAGCCAGAAAGUCACCAUGAAAGAUAUUCUGCAGAAGGCCCUCAAAAAGCGGAAGGGCUCCCAGAAAGGAUCAGGUCCCAUGUAUCGUCUGGAGAAGCAAACCGAACCGAAUGUGGCGGUGGAUUUGGACAGUACGCUGGAGAGCCAGGGAACCAUGGAGUUCUGCUUGGUCCGAGAAAACAGUUCUCGAGGCGAGGAGAGCUCAGAGGAGGACCCACCUAUAGACAUCACUACGGUACAGGACAUGUUGAGCAGCCACCACUACAAGUCCUUCAAGAUCAGCAUGAUCCACAAGCUCCGCUUCACCACAGACGUGCAGCUAGGAAUUUCUGGUGAAAAGGUGGAGAUAGAUCCUGUCACAAAUCAGAAGACAAGCACAAAGUUCUGGAUCCGACAGAAGCCAAUCUCCAUCGACUCGGAUCUGCUGUGUGCCUGUGACCUUGUGGAGGAGAAGAGUCCAAGUCAUGCAGUAUUUAAGCUCACAUAUCUAAGCAAUCACGAUUACAAAGCCCUGUACUUCGAGAGUGAUGCUGCUACUGUCAAUGAGAUUGUGCUCAAGGUGAACUACAUUCUGGAGUCCCGUGCCAGCACAUCGAGGGCGGAUUACUUCGCCCAGAAACAACGCAAACUGAACCGUCGCACGAGCUUCAGUUUCCAGAAGGACAAAAAGUCGGGCCAGUAGAGCUGGCGGCCAAAGCGAUCAGCAGACUCCGAACCGAAUGGCCUGUGUGAACAGAGGUAGAGAGAUAGACGGGAAACACGGAUGGAGAAAAUCAGCCUCUCAUGGUCGGCCUUUCCUGGACUGACGGUCCUUAAUCAUAUCAGAGCACUAAUGCUCUCUGCUGUCACUCGAAUGUACUUGCAAAACCAACCAACAAUCUAAUUGAACAAUUAUAUUAACGUUUGAAGCCACAGCCAUCGCCCAGACCAGACAAAACCAUCGGCUGGACUCUGAAUGCCAAGGACCGAGAACUUGCUGCUGUUUGCGUCAAAGACUUACUUCCACUGCCUACAAACCAACUGUACAUAAACGCGCACCAAACGAACGCAGUCGGAACCUUACAAGCCAGAAAGAGCAAGCGAACCGUAUUAGCUGUUCCCGUAUGUAUCAAAGACGUUAACUUAAACCGAAUCGGACACUGACACGUAAAGGGAUCGCAAUUUUUUUUUUACGAAAAUGUAAAUAGCAAACGCAUUCAGGGUCUGAUGACAAACCCUCUUUGGCCAUAGUACUUCAGUGCCUGCUAAAAAUCAAUAGGACGAAUGCGUUCUUCGAGAUUUUAAACGUCCGCUGGUUAAGUUGGGAAACUCUUUUUACCACCAGAGGAGGUUAAUAGGUUAUGGAAUGACAGAUUUUUAAUGAUCAAAUAUGAAAUUAAUAACUACUUUUUACUGUGAUGUGUUUUUCCCCUCUGCAUUGUAUCUUUGGAUUGUAUAUAUAUAUAUAUAUAUAUAUAUAUAAUAACGAACCAAUCGCCGUCUAUCUCUUAUCAACGGUUUUGGUUUAUUCUGACUGUCCUCUCGGGCUGCAAUGGGAAUGUAUGACCGUCUUUGCCACAUUUCUUUCUAGAUGUUAAAGAUAACAUUAUUACGCUAGGUUCAUUUCAUCCGUGUCCGUUGGCUCGUUCUGCCGUCUCAACCUGAAACUUUCGCUUUAUAACUCAACUUCAAACGCUGCUGUUGUUAAACUGGAUUCAGGGUGUUCGUUCUAUCCAAAACUGUUCUGACUCAGGUUUCCGACUGCCAUGUUUUCUUGACUGAUCUUGUUUUGUUUUGUUUCGUUUCGUUUUUUUACGUCUGUCAAAGCCGGAGAGCGAUGACUGAUACUCAGUUCAGCGCUGACGAAUGGACAAAGAGAGCGCGUGUUUUCCCGUGACGGGGAUAACGGCUUAAUAGACAUUUCAAAUAAAACUUUAUUUAUAAUAUUCCGGGUGGGGGGGGGUGUUAUCAUGUGGCCUAUGGAAUCAAUAUUUGCUACAGUACAUGUAUACUGUAUAUACGUAGAUUUUUUAAUUAAAGA